UGAAAGAGAUGCUAUAUGCAGCUGUGGACCAGGCCCCUUCUAUAGAAGACACAGAUGAGGACACGGUGAAAAGGUGUUUUGCCACGUUUGAAGAGAAGUUCUUCCAAACCUGUGAGAAAGAACUUGCCAAAAUCAACAUUUUCUAUUCAGAAAAGCUUGCAGAAGCUCAGCGCAGGUUUACCACUCUGCGGACUGAGUUACAGUCAACUUUGGAUGCACAGAAAGAAGCCAGCGGGGCUUCCACGCUGCAGCGGCGCAGAAAGCCCGUCUUCCACCUGUCCCACGAAGAGCGUGUCCAGCACAGGAAUAUCAAAGACCUGAAAUUGGCCUUCAGCGAGCUCUACCUCAGCCUCAUCUUAUUGCAGAACUAUCAGAACCUGAACUUCACCGGCUUCCGCAAGAUCUUAAAGAAGCAUGACAAGAACCUGGAGACAACGCGGGGGGCAGAAUGGAGGGUGGCUGAGGUGGAGGUGGCACCUUUCUACACCUGCAAGAAGAUCAACCAGCUUAUCUCCGAAACAGAGGAAGUGGUGACCAAUGAGUUAGAAGAUGGAGACAGACAGAAGGCUAUGAAACGUUUGCGUGUUCCACCCUUAGGAGCAGCUCAGCCUGUACCAGCCUGGACUACCUUCAGGGUUGGAUUGUUCUGUGGAUUGUUCAUUGCACUGAACAUCACUGUCAUACUUUCAGGUGUGGCUUUUAUAGAAGGACCAAAUGUGUGGCCACUGGUGAGAAUCUAUCGAGGUGGCUUUCUGCUGAUAGAAUUCCUCUUUCUCCUGGGUAUCAACACGUAUGGCUGGAGACAGGCUGGAGUGAAUCACGUCCUCAUCUUCGAACUCAAUCCCCGCAGCAACUUGUCCCAUCAACAUCUCUUUGAGAUUGCUGGCUUCCUGGGGGUUUUGUGGUGCCUGAGCCUGCUGGCAUGUAUAUAUGGUAAAUUCACCUACAUCCCUAUGCAGGUGAAUCCACUCAUCUUGUACGGCUUCAUGUUGCUUUUUCUCAUCAACCCUACCAAAACCUUAUAUUACAAGUCCCGUUUUUGGCUGCUCAAACUAUUGUUUCGAGUGUUCACUGCUCCCUUCCACAAGGUAGGCUUCGCAGAUUUCUGGCUGGCUGAUCAGCUCAACAGCCUGGUUGUGAUACUCAUGGAUCUGGAAUACAUGAUCUGCUUCUACAGCUUUGAGGUUCAGUGGGAGGACAAUGCUGGACUUCUGGCAAAUACAGAUAAUCAGAUUUGUUACAGCUACUCCUACGGAGUGAGAGCAGUUGUCCAGUGCAUCCCUGCUUGGUUGCGAUUCAUCCAGUGCCUGCGCCGUUACCGUGAUAACAAACGGGCCUUUCAUCUGGUUAAUGCUGGAAAAUAUUCCACCACCUUCUUCGUGGUGACAUUUGCAGCCCUCUACAGCACUCACAAAGCUAAAAACCACAGUGACACCCAAGUGUUCUUCUACCUGUGGAUUAUCUUCUAUUUCAUCAGCUCUUGCUAUACCCUUAUUUGGGACCUGAAGAUGGAUUGGGGUCUCUUUGACAAAAAUGCUGGUGAAAAUACCUUUCUUCGAGAAGGAAUCGUCUACCCACAGAAAGCAUACUAUUAUUGUGCCAUUGUAGAAGACGUGAUCCUGCGUUUCGCGUGGACCAUCCAGAUCUCCCUCACUUCCAUGCAAAUCUUCCCGUACGCUGGGGACAUCAUUUCUACUGUAUUUGCCCCACUUGAAGUAUUCCGGCGGUUUGUGUGGAACUUCUUCCGUCUGGAGAACGAGCACCUGAACAACUGUGGUGAGUUCCGUGCCGUGAGGGACAUCUCGGUGGCACCGCUCAACGCCGAUGACCUGACGCUCUUGGAUCAGAUGAUGGACCAGGAAGAUGGCGUACGGAACCGCCGCAAGAACAAACAGUGGAAGCGCAGCCAGAGCGUGUCCUUGCGCAGACCUCGUCUUGCUUCACAGUCCAAGGCUUCUGACACUAAGGUAUUAAUAGAGGACCUAGCGAAUGAAGUGAACACAUGAGAUGGCCACGGUCUCUUAUUCCACAUCCUUUGUUUUCUCAUUCUGUUCCCCUCUUCCCUAAGUAACCCAAUCUCUGGUACAGUUCCAGCUGAAAACAGGAGAAAACACUGAACACGUUUUCCGAGCUCUUCCAGACCAGAUCCUAUGGACUCUCCAACAAGCUCACUGUGUUUUCGUUUCUUUUCUUCUGGGUUAAUUUUAAAUGCUCUAUUUAAAAAAAAAAAAAAAAAAAAAAAAAAAAAAAAAAAAAGAAAGAAAGAAAUAAAAUAUUUUACUUUGUUUUGCCAAUAAAGAGGACAGUUCAGGAAAGAAGGAUUGUUUACAGUCUCAACAAGGACAUACAAACCUCUCUGGAUAACGAAGCAUCAUAGGGACUCCCUCAUGGGACAGUGCCGAGAGCACACUCGGUUUCUGCUUGGCCCGGUUUUGACUGGUUGAAACCGGACUUAAGUUUUUAAAUCUGAUUUUUUUUUUGUUUGUUUUGUUUUGUUUUGGGUUUUUUUUUCUUCAUAACCAGCGCUGAGGCACUGGCUGCACUUGCAGGGAAAGUGCACUUAGAGCAGUAUCUUCAUUCAUGAAGCUACUUUUUAAUUUGAUGUAACUUUUCUUAU